AUGGUGCGGCGAAAGUCGAGCGUGGGUUUGCCGGGUAUCCGACGAAGCAGUUCCUCGGUUUUGUGCAAGUGUUCGUCAGAGCUGCCGCUGGUGGUGACGGUGGACCAACUCGUGGACGAUAAUAAAAAAGAUCCCAACGAUCAAAUCAACGUCGAUGUUGUCCAAGCGGAAGAGCUCCUUCAAGUCGUAAGUAUUUUGGAAAGCGAGACGAGCGAAGCGGCUCAAAAGAGGCAAAUUCUCAAGUUGUUUGAGUGGUUCAAAGCGCAAUACGCGCAGUUAACUGGCACCCUCCGGUCUAGUGUCCACAGGGAACAGGCUCUAAUGGCCAAGUGUCGAGAGCUAAAAGCGGACCUUCUCUUGAAUGUGACGAAAAUACAAACCAAGCUUAAGGUGCACGAAGUUGCUGCCCAGAACUUGGCGUUCUUCAAAGAGGAAUGCGAGCGCUCGUGGCAAGCCGUGCAUGCAUCCCGCGAGAGGGAGCAAGAAGCUUUGAAAAUCAUCGAAGACUUGCGAGAAAAGGUGAUUUGCUUAGAAGGACAAGUGAAAGAACUGCAACGGCAACCCCCGGGCCCAGAGAAGAACAGCCGGUUGGGAGCAUUCAAAUCGUCCCCUGCAAGCAACGCGUACAUGGAAGUCGACAUAUCGACGUUCAACGAGUGGAAAGCAGUUAACAAAGUCUGGAGCCCGUCUAAGUCAACUGCAAAGUCCACCAACGACUUGUACUGGAACAACACGCCGUUGACGUUGAGCGACUCGAGAUCGACGUUCGGGUUUUCAGUCACUCCGAUGGAGCGAGCCAUGACUGCAGCGCCAUCGCUCACGCGCAAGCAGCCAGAGUCUGGUCAUUCUCGAAGCCACCACAACCGCCUUCCCACGGUUUAAGUGUUGCGAAGCGCCAGAGUAUAAAUUAUUUUUGAUCAUGGUUUGACGUCAAACAAGGAUACGACGGAACUUUUGCUGCGUGACCUCGUGGGGCCAUGCUGUGUUGUCCAAAGCACAAUUCGCAGCGUUGAGUGUCGUGAGGGUUUGAUUAGCUGCCAACGCAGCGACGAAGGCAGGGCGAGCAUUCCGUUGCAGAGGGUUGUCGGCCAUGUCCAAUGAAAUGAGCCGGGACGAGUAUCGCAA